GUUUUCCAGCGCAAAGCACAAUGACAGGCCAGCGAGUCUUGCGCAUUGCACUUGAAGGCAACAUUUCCGCGGGAAAGUCGACAUUCCUCGAUAUCCUGAGCCAAGAGCUGGACAUUGUGAUUGUUCCUGAGCCUGUCAGCCGCUGGCAGCAAGUGGACGAAAUCCGCAACGAUCCUCGGAGCGCCGCGGCCUUCCGUGAAAUGGCCAUUUUUCAGGGCGAGGCGGGCUCAGAGCCAGAGCACCAGGACGGCGAUUCCCACGCACACCCAGCCGCGUUCGCCCGGGGCACCACACCAAGCAUCUUUGAGCUGGAGAAUUCAAACACAUUUGAUUCGAUUCCGGCUUCGCAGGACACUGGCGGCAAUCUGUUGUCGCUGUUUUACAACUCUCCCAACCGAUGGAGCUUUACCUUCCAGAUCUACGCCUGCCUGUCGCGAAUCCGAGCGCAGCAGCGGCCGCCAGAAAACCCCCAUCCCAAGACUCUCUUUAUUGGCAGGAAGAACUCAAACUCGCAGUCGCAAUCAGAGUCACCGACGAGCGACGUUAUUGAAAAGGACUCUACACCGGCAAUCCUCGAUCGUGGGCUAAAGCGCUCAGCCAGUGAGGACCAGGAUCCUGCGACCACCUCAAGCUCCACCGAAGUUAGCACUGUUGAAAGCGGCAACACUCGCGCCCAAGCCCGACCUCGGCUGGCGUCAGUGUCGGAAAUCCCGCCAACCUCGAUUCACUUUACAGAGCGCUCGGUUUUCAGCGAUCGCUACUGCUUUGCGCUCAACUGCGUAGAGACGGGGCUGAUGACGCGCCCCGAGUUUUUCAUCUACCAAGAAUGGCACAGCUUCAUGGAGGCGUCCGUGCCUGAGGCCAUGAAGCUCGAUGGCAUUGUAUACCUGCGCUCCACGCCGGAAGUGUGCCACGAGCGCUUGCAGCGACGUGCCCGAGAGGAGGAGUCUGCCGUCUCUGUGGACUAUCUCCACCAGCUGCACCAGCGGCACGAAGACUGGCUCAUUCGCAAGAAAGAGUCGCUCAAGGUUUCGCCGCUCGCUUCAUCCUGCCCAUUGCUCAUUGUCGACUCUGACAAGGAAUUCCAGCACGAUCCUGUGCGGUGCAAAGAGAUGGUUGAGCAAGUGAAGCAGUUCAUGCUCGAUUGCCGAGCACAGUUUGAAGCGCGAAAGUAAAAAAAAG